UCUUCAAAAAUCUAUUUAUUCCCCUUCCCUCCCCCAAAACACACAGCAUCCUCCACUUCUCCCUCUCAGCCCUUGUCCUUACUUCCUUCCCCUUCUAAAAACUUCAUUCGAAGCAGAUGGCAUGUCUUGGGCUUCUUUUGGCGAGUCUCCUCCCCUUGUUCUCUUCAGCCCAUGGGUAUGGGCAUGGAUGGGGGUGGUCUAGAGCCCAUGCCACAUUCUAUGGAGGUGGUGAUGCAUCUGGGACAAUGGGUGGGGCUUGUGGCUAUGGAAAUUUGUACAGCCAGGGAUACGGGACCAACACUGCAGCCUUGAGCACUGCUCUGUUCAACAAUGGGCUGAGCUGCGGGGCUUGCUAUGAGAUAAGGUGUGUGGAUGACCCCAGGUGGUGCCUGCGUGGCUCCAUUGUGGUUGCUGCCACCAACUUCUGCCCUCCCAACAAUGCCCUCCCGAGCAAUGCCGGGGGGUGGUGCAACCCACCGCUGCAGCACUUUGACCUUUCUCAGCCUGUAUUCCAGCACAUUGCUCGGUAUAGGGCUGGCAUCGUUCCGGUUGCUUACAGAAGGUGGCUAUUACCAGAUCUUUCAUUCUUCCUAUCUUCCAACCAUGGUCCCAUGCAGGAAGAAGGGAGGAAUCAGGUUCACCAUCAAUGGGCACUCCUACUUCAACCUGGUGCUCAUCACCAACGUAGGAGGGGCCGGGGAUGUGCAUGCAGCGUCCAUCAAAGGGUCCAGGACUGGGUGGCAGCCCAUGUCCAGGAACUGGGGCCAGAACUGGCAGAGCAACACCUACCUCAAUGGCCAGGCCCUCUCCUUCAAGGUCACCACCAGUGAUGGCCGCUCUGUGGUCUCCUACAACGUGGCUCCUCCGAGCUGGUCCUUCGGCCAAACCUUCAGUGGUGGCCAAUUCCACUGAACCCUAGCUCUUGAUGAUCCAUCUAUCUAUAGCAAUAUAACUACUAGUAGUAGCUCAUACCUAUAUAUUUGGUAUAUACUUGGAAGUCUAUUGACAGUAAUCUAGCUAGUGUCCUGGUGGUAUAUCCUAAGAGGUCAAGAUGAGAAGGGUCUAUUUUGAAGUGGUCCUUCUGAUCAUGUUAUAUAAUUGGAUUGUGGGAUCUCUCCCAUUGCAAAUGGCCUUCUUUUGUGGGCGUCGUCUCUUUUUGACGGAGGAGGAAAAAGGAGGCUGCGUCCUGCGUUCUCUUGCUAGAACUUGGCAGAGGUGGACUUUUACCACCCGCCAGUACGCGUUGCUCGUUCUGCUCGUCUCCUUGAUUUCUGUUUUAUUAUUUGGAAGCUUGCUGUAGUUUCACAAGUGGUGUUUGUAACUAGCUUCUAGCUGGGUAUGUGAGCCAUAUUAAUGAGAGUAAUUUAAAGUUUUAUAUUUAAGAAAUGCAA